UACAGAUCUCCUCCUUUUUCAUAGAUUGCUACUUUUCAGGCGUCUAUGACUGUGUUUUUGCAAGAAGAAAAAAAUACUGAAGCAAGAUGUCUAGUAUGAAGUAACCUAUGAAGAUAAAAUGCAAUCCUAGUGAAAAGUGAGGAGCUCUAAAACAAAAUGUCUGAGGAAGAGGAUGGGAUCAUGUCAGGUGGGACUUCACAAGAUGACAAAGAACCAGAGUCUCCUGGACCAACUGAUGUUAUUACAUCUUAUAAUGUACCAAGCUUACCUCAGGACCAAACUACAAACUCUUCUUCAGUGAGUUUGAAAAGUGACAGAUCCAAGGAUGAAGCUUUAAAUUUUCACUGUGAAGAUGAAAGUUCACAAGAUGACAAAGAACCAGAGUCUCCUGGACCAACUGAUGUUAUUACAUCUUAUAAUGUACCAAGCUUACCUCAGGACCAAACUACAAACUCUUCUUCAGUGAGUUUGAAAAGUGACAGAUCCAAGGAUGAAGCUUUAAAUUUUCACUGUGAAGAUGAAAGUUCACAAGAUGACAAAGAACCAGAGUCUCCUGGACCAACUGAUGUUAUUACAUCUUAUAAUGUACCAAGCUUACCUCAGGACCAAACUACAAACUCUUCUUCAGUGAGUUUGAAAAGUGACAGAUCCAAGGAUGAAGCUUUAAAUUUUCACUGUGAAGAUGAAAGUUCACAAGAUGACAAAAAACCAGAGUCUCCUGGACCAACUGAUGUUAUUACAUCUUAUAAUGUACCAAGCUUACCUCAGGACCAAACUACAAACUCUUCUUCAGUGAGUUUGAAAAGUGACAGAUCCAAGGAUGAAGCUUUAAAUUUUCACUGUGAAGAUGAAAGUUCACAAGAUGACAAAGAACCAGAGUCUCCUGGACCAACUGAUGUUAUUACAUCUUAUAAUGUACCAAGCUUACCUCAGGACCAAACUACAAACUCUUCUUCAGUGAGUUUGAAAAGUGACAGAUCCAAGGAUGAAGCUUUAAAUUUUCACUGUGAAGAUGAAAGUUCACAAGAUGACAAAGAACCAGAGUCGCCUGAACCAACUGAUGUUAUUACAUCUUAUAAUGUACCAAGCUUACCUCAGGACCAAACUACAAACUCUUCUUCAGUGAGUUUGAAAAGUGACAGAUCCAAGGAUGAAGCUUUAAAUUUUCACUGUGAAGAUGAAAGUUCACAAGAUGACAAAGAACCAGAGUCUCCUGGACCAACUGAUGUUAUUACAUCUUAUAAUGUACCAAGUGAUUCUAAUGACAUCCAACCUGAAAAUUCUGGAGCAGCUGACAAAGGAGAUGCCAAGGAAGAAAAAUACCUGAAGAAAGUAAUUCUUGAGGAGGUGGGUCAACAGGAAAGUGACCCAAAACUCUCUGAGAUAGUGAUGUUUGAAAGAGAGGCCAAGGAAGAAAAAUACCUGAAGGAAGUCAUUCUUGAGAAGGUGGGUCAACAGGAAAGUGACCCAAAACUCUCUGAGAUAGUGAUGUUUGAAAGUGGGAAAAAGAACCUAAUCAUGCUCAAAGAUUUAUUUACCAACAAUAAAUCUCUGAUCUCCAAACUUCCUCGUAUGAACAAUAAUACCCAGCCAUGUCGCAGCCAAUCACCGACCACGCCCCAGUUCACAAGGAUGUCCAUCCAAGGUGUCUUCCGUUUCGCUGCUGCGCUCAACACGUUCAUUCGCACGCCCCAGCUUCUCAGCAAGCCAUCCCAGCGGAUCCGUUUCUUCGUGAUUCCUCGCGUACAGCUGCUUUGCCGUGUCCUCGACCCUUCCUUCCCCAUCAGACGCUCCCGAGUCUGCGCUCUUCCCACCUGCACCCCUUCUCCACCUCCACCGUCCAGGCUCCCAGGAGAGGCCAAGGAAGAAAAAUACCUGAAGAAAGUAAUUCUUGAGGAGGUGGGUCAACAGGAAAGUGACCCAAAACUCUCUGAGAUAGUGAUGUUUGAAAAUGACAAGAAAAAGAUAUGUUUCAUUCUUGAUGGCCUGGAAGAAUGCACACUUCCUCUUGACUUUGAAAACAACAAAGAAGUUAAAGACUGGAAGGAAGAAGCAUCAAUGGAUGAGCUGCUAACGAAUCUGAUCAAAGGAAAUCUGUUUCCUGAAUCUCAUAUUUUGAUAAUUUCUCAACCAAAAGGAGUUGAUAAGAUUCCUUCUGAAUAUAUCGACAGAGCUGUUCUCAUUCACGGAGAUGCCAAGGAAGAAAAAUACCUGAAGGAAAUAAUUCUUGAGGAGGUGGGUCAACAAGAAAGUGACCCAAAACUCUCUGAGAUAGUGAUGUUUGAAAGUGAGAAAAAGAACGUCAUCACACCCAAAGAUUUAUUUACCAACAAUAAAUUUCUGAUCUCCAAACAUCCUCGUAUGAACAAAAAUGUACUGAUGAAAGUAGCUCCUGGAAUUGAUAAAACAUUUCAAACAAAAAUGUUCAUGAAGGACUGGGCAAAAGGAAACUCCAACAAACACAUAAAGGCUUUAGUGACCUUUGAUUUCACUGAGUUGAAUUCAAUGAAGGAUGAAGGAAAAAGCAUGGAAUCUCUGCUGAAUGAUUUCUUCAAGACAAAAAAUGCUGUUUUCAAAGAUGACAAGAAAAAGAUAUGUUUCAUUCUUGAUGGGCUGGAAGAAUGCACACUUCCUCUUGACUUUGAAAACAACAAAGAAGUUAAAGACUGGAAGGAAGAAGCAUCAAUGGAUGAGCUGCUAACGAAUCUGAUCAAAGGAAAUCUGUUUCCUGAAUCUCAUAUUUUGAUAAUUUCUCAACCAAUAGGAGUUGAUAAGAUUCCUUCUGAAUAUAUCGACAGAGCUGUUCUCAUUCACGGAGAUGCCAAGGAAGAAAAAUACCUGAAGGAAAUAAUUCUUGAGGAGGUGGGUCAACAAGAAAGUGACCCAAAACUCUCUGAGAUAGUGAUGUUUGAAAGUGAGAAAAAGAACGUCAUCACACCCAAAGAUUUAUUUACCAACAAUAAAUUUCUGAUCUCCAAACAUCCUCGUAUGAACAAAAAUGUACUGAUGAAAGUAGCUCCUGGAAUUGAUAAAACAUUUCAAACAAAAAUGUUCAUGAAGGACUGGGCAAAAGGAAACUCCAACAAACACAUAAAGGCUUUAGUGACCUUUGAUUUCACUGAGUUGAAUUCAAUGAAGGAUGAAGGAAAAAGCAUGGAAUCUCUGCUGAAUGAUUUCUUCAAGACAAAAAAUGCUGUUUUCAAAGAUGACAAGAAAAAGAUAUGUUUCAUUCUUGAUGGGCUGGAAGAAUGCACACUUCCUCUUGACUUUGAAAACAACAAAGAAGUUAAAGACUGGAAGAAGAAGAAGCAUCAAUGGAUGAGCUGCUAA